UUGGCCACAUCCCACUGGCCCCUGGACUGUAGUAUCCAGCAGUGUCACCUGCGUCAUGGGGGGCCUUGGACCCUCCAACAGGCUUCUGCUCCUGCCUCUCCUUCUGACUCUGGGUGGUCUCAGUCCUGUCCAGUCUCAGAGCGAAUGCAGCUGCCCUGCGGUGAAUUCUGGGGUGCUGGCGGGUAUUGUGCUGGGGGACCUGGUGCUCACCCUCCUCAUCGCCCUGGCUGUGUACUCUCUGGGAAGGCUGGUACCCCGGAGGCGAGGGGUUGUGGACGCAGUGACCCGAAAACAGCACAUCAAUGAGACAGAGUCGCCUUAUCAGGAGCUCCAAGGUCAGAGGUCAGAUGUCUACAGUGACCUCAACACACAGAGGCAGUACUACAAAUGAGCUCAAGCCAUGGAGGUCAGCAACCUGAUGCCUGGAUCCAGCCAUUCCUGAUGCUUACCCAGCACCCUAUCCUGACUCCCACCAAGAUACAGAUCUACAGAGUGUCCUCUCUGAGUUAUCAGACUUUCCCCUACCCCUGUCCCCAAAUAAACAUGGAGCACAAAACACCGUUGAAUUAUUCCAGAUCCCUGGGCUGAGGGGACGGGGAUAUAUGGGGUUCUGGGAGGUGGGUCAUGGACCAAGAAACAGCUAACUGGGAGGGAGGCUUUGGGGACUCUGGGUCCUUUGAGGAAGAACUAGAAGUAGAGGUAUUUCAGCUGCUU